CGUCCCUGCAAAACCUGCCACGAGCGUCACCCCCGGAAUUGUGGUAUUGUGCACUGAGAAUUCGUCCUUCAGGGCCAGACCGUCAAUCGAGAAUUCUACUGCGAUGUUUUUGGGUGUUUGAAGGAGGAUAUUCGGUGAAAGCGACCGGAUUUAUGGAGCGUGAAGAAUUGGAUUCCUCACAAUGACAAUGUACCCUGUCGCCGAGCUCUCUUUACACGUAGAAGUGUCUUCUACUAAAUCCAUUCCAUACGCGCCCUACUCGCCAGAUUUAGCACCUGCGGACUUCCAUCUCUUCCCCACGAUGAAAAUGUAGCUCAAAGGCCGCCGUAUUAACACCGUUGUCGAGAUCCAGAGCGAAUUGUGGAAGGUCUUCGACUCAUUUACGGAAAGCGACUUCCAGUCCGGAUUCCAAAAGUGGAACGAACGAUAGGACUGGUGUAUAGCUGCGCACGAUGACUAUUUCGAAGGAGAUGAUGUUAAAACUUAGAGAACUGGGCGAUGUCACUUAGAUUAAUUUUGCUGUUGUUGCUGAUUGCAUUGAUCGGUCUUGCUCUGUCACAAAAACGGAAUAGACAACAGCGAUACGAAAAACGCGUACGAGAACCCUCGCGGAGAAAAUCUAGAGAUCAUCACCCCGGUAGCUGGCGUCGGCGUCGUGAAGAUCAUGACGUUGACUGGCAUGGAGAUCAUGGACAUCAUGGCAAACACUGGCCUGGAUAUCCCGACAAACACUGGCCUGGAUAUCCUGACAAACACUGGCCUGGACAUCCUGGACACUAUAGGAGGCGCUGGCAUAGACGUCCUGGACACUAUAGGAAGCGCUGGCAUAGACGUCCUGGACACUAUAGGAAGCGCUGGCAUAGACGUCACGGAAGACAUUACGCCCGCCAUGGUUAAAAAUUUUUAGAGGACUGCAGUCGAAGAAAGAGCACAAUUUCGGAAUUUAUAGCUAAGCAGUUCAUUAUGAAUAAUGAUGUUCAUACUCUAAGGAUUAUUUUUUGCUUAACCGUUCACUAAUGGGUAUCACUAAGAACAUCUGUCAACAGUGGAUGAAACACUAUUUUCCGCUGUUUUUCCAGACAUUAAAAAAAAAAACUACAUUUACUCACUGACUAUCUGAGUUCAAAAUGUUCUUCCAAG